AUGGACCCAACAGUUAAGCUGAAAGCCAAUGAUGAGAGUGCUCCUAUCGAUAGAGGACGUUACCAGCGCCUUGUGGGGAAACUUAUUUAUCUAUCUCACACAAGACUUGACAUUGGUUUUUCCGUUAGUGUUGUUAGCCAGUUCAUGAAUUACCCAACUGAGCGACAUAUGACUGCCGUAUAUAGAGUUCUGAUAUACCUCAAGAUGACACCGGGUAAAGGCCUAUUUUUCUCUAGAACUUCUAAAAGAAAUAUCGAAGUGUUUUCAGAUGCAGACUGGGCUGGGUCAGUGACUGAUCGCAGAUCAACAUCAGGCUAUUGCUCCUAUGUGUGGGGUAACUUGGUAACUUGGAGGAGCAAGAAACCAUCAGUUGUAGCCCGUAGUAGUGCAGAAGCAGAAUUCUGCACCAUGGAACAAGGCAUUUGUGAAGGUAUUUGGUUACAGAGAUUAUUGUCUGAAUUAAAAGUGACUUUAGAUUAA